GAAAAAGGUAGUUAAAAAAAAAAAAAAGAAAAAAAAAAAAAAAAGAGAAAAGGUUUAAAGAAGAAGGUAGGAAAAUGGAGGAUGAGGAAUUGGGAUCCGAGAAAGGCUAAUUGUGUGGGGGUGUGGCAGUGGUGGUUAGUUACCGGAGACGGUGACGGAGGAGACCCCUCAGUCCAUGCAAAGAAGGAGGGGGCUAGUGUUUCGGAAUAACAACAAAGCUUUAUCUAACACCUUCUCUUUGGCCAUUACCCAUAACAUAACCACCAUUAUUUCUCUCUCAUUCUCUCUCUUUUCUCUCGCUUAGCUUUUGUUUUGUCCGAGACAUUGGUACCCCUUAAAGAUUCUCCAUAAUCCCUAAUUCCGGUCCGCGAUUUCUUCGAAGCUCUUCAUAGUUUUUAUUUUAUUUUUAUUUUUUUCAGAAAUCCCACGUAUUUGCCACGCACCCGUUUCAAACUUCGGCAGAAUUGAGUUGCUUUAGCUUGUGAUAUUUGGGAAACAGAACUGUUUGUGCAUAAAACUUGGAAGCAACAAUCCCUGAUCUGCCAGAGCGACUGAUAGUCCCCAGCUACUACGAUGCCGUUCAAAAGCAUAGUUCGUGAGUUCAGGGAAAUGAGAGAAGGCAUCGGAAACAUAUCAAGAAGAGGUGUAGAGGGUAGGCAUACACAUAGCAGGGCAAAAUCGCAUAUUGCUCCCGAGCGAUCCUCUUUUUCACCAUCAUUGCCUUCGUCUUCUACUGCAUUGGUUCAUCAGGGUCGGUGGGCAAAUUUGCCACCCGAGUUGCUUCUUGAUAUAAUACAACGCGUGGAAGUCAGUGAGACCUCCUGGCCUGCUCGGAGGGAUGUGGUUGCUUGUGCCUCUGUUUGCAGGUCCUGGAGGGAACUUACAAAAGAGGUAGUCAAGACUCCGGAGCAGUGCGGGUGGCUUACCUUCCCUAUCUCACUUAAGCAGCCAGGGCCAAGAGAUGCUCCGAUUCAGUGCUUUAUUAAGAGGGAAAGAACGACUUCAACAUAUCGACUCUACCUCGGUCUAAGCCCUGCUCUUUCUGGAGAUAUGAGUAAAUUGUUGUUGGCUGCAAGAAAAGUUAGAAGGGCAACAAGCACAGAUUUUGUAAUAUCCUUGGUUGCUGAUGACUUCUCUCGAGCAAGCAAUACUUAUGUUGGUAAACUAAGGUCUAACUUUUUGGGUACAAAGUUUACCAUUUAUGACAGUCAGCCUCCAAAUGAUCCUGUAAUCCAAACAAAUUGUAGGCCGCAUCGAAGAAUCCAUUCAAAGCAGGUAUCUCCAAGGUUACCUGCUGGUAAUUAUAAUGUGGCUACCAUAUCAUAUGAGCUCAAUGUCCUCCGUACAAGGGGCCCAAGACGAAUGCAGUGCACCAUGCAUUCAAUCCCCAUCUCUUCAAUUCAAGAAGGGGGUACUGCCCCAACUCCAACUGAAUUCACAAAUUGUCUUGAUGAGCAGUCUUCUCCAAUGUCAGUUUCAAAGGGAAAGAAGCCGCUUGUUGAGUUGAGCUCCACUAAUCUUGCUGAGUCAUCAGAAUCGGAUACCUGCUCAAGGGACCCACUUGUUUUGAAAAAUAAAGCUCCAAGAUGGCAUGAGCAGCUGCAGUGUUGGUGCCUAAAUUUCAAGGGACGAGUUACUGUAGCCUCUGUCAAGAAUUUCCAACUGGUGGCAGCUGCAGAGCCUUGCCAGAAUGUUUCAUUGGCUGAACAAGAAAAAGUGAUUCUGCAAUUUGGGAAGAUUGGGAAAGACAUAUUCACAAUGGAUUAUCGCUAUCCGCUGUCUGCCUUCCAAGCUUUUGCAAUCUGCUUAAGUAGCUUUGACACUAAACCAGCCUGUGAAUGACCAUUAUGUGUAUUGAUCAUUGGCCAAUCAUGUUUGUCAUCCCUGAAAGUAAAACUGUAAAUAUGCUUUUGAAACAAAGCACUUUAGCGCUUAGGCUUUGCCCUUGGUCAUAAGCAAGCGCCUUAAUUGGCCUGGGCUCUAGUUUGUGUAUUCGCCGUGACCAGAGAAGGUGUGAUGUAAGUUGCCAAUUUAUUUAUAUGCUAUAGAGAAGUUCCCCGUCAA